UAGGGCUUAAUUGUUAUUGGCUACUUUUCGGCAUUCUUGUUUAUGUAACCAAUUAAACGCAUUUAUUAACAUCCACGAGUUUGUGAGAUAUGGCAUAGUGCAAUGAAAACCCAUUAAUUAAUUGUAGUCGUACGCAUUGAAAAUGGCUGAAUUGUUUUUUCGUGAAUUACAAUAAAUUAAUUUCAAUGCUAAUUCCGACUGUAAAAUUGACUAAAAUCAAAAUUUCGUAGUCGCGAGUAUGGAUGUGGACGAUUCAGCUGUUGACCUGAGCGUCAGGUCUUUGCCCCCUGAGUUGAGCGAGCUCCGUGCUCUGACGGCCAGUGGGUUGACCAUAACGCCGGCGCAGCCUCCCCCACAUCAUCCCGGGAAGAUUAUUGAUAGAGGAGCAAGUGGCAAGCGCGUGCUGCGGCCGCGCUCGGAGCAGCGCAGCUACGCCGAGAGCCCGGACAUCGUGCUGCUGCCCGCCGCGCCACCGCACCGCAAGCCCAGCAUCGCUCCUUUCACUGACAUGAGCAGCAAGAUGAAUUCUUCAUCAGCGGUUAACGUGUCCAUAACUGCCGCGGCCGCGCCCGAGUCCCCGCGGGACCCCCGCGACGACGACUCGUCCGACGAUGAGAACGAGCCCCCCAUCCCUCCUGUAGACCGGGAACUCUCAAGCGCAGAGAUAUGGGAGCGUGAGCGUCUAGUUCGCGCUUUGCGCGAAAAGCUUCGCGCCGAGGAAACGCGGUUGGUUCUACUGCGGAAGAUACGACAGUCGCAGUGCGCGCCGCCGAAGGCGGAGCCAGCGGGAGGCACGGGCACGGGCACGGCGCUGGCGGGGUCGGGCUGCGUGGUGCCGCCCGGCGUCACCGUCACGCCCGCGCCGCCGCCCGCCCACCAGCAGAACAAGGUACACUACACACACUGGACACGGGCACGGGCACGGGGUCGGGCUGCGUGGUGCCGCCCGGCGUCACCGUCACGCCCGCGCCGCCGCCCGCCCACCAGCAGAACAAGGUACACUACACACACUGGACACGGGCACGGGCACGGGGUCGGGCUGCGUGGUGCCGCCCGGCGUCACCGUCACGCCCGCGCCGCCGCCCGCCCACCAGCAGAACAAGGUACACUACACACACUGGACACGGGCACGGGCACGGGGUCGGGCUGCGUGGUGCCGCCCGGCGUCACCGUCACGCCCGCGCCGCCGCCCGCCCACCAGCAGAACAAGCGGGCGAGCAGCACGGCGAGCUCGAGCUCGAGCGCGGCCGCGGCCAGCUCGAGCCGCCGCACCUCCAGCCUGCCCGGCGGCGCCACGCUCACGCCGGGGCCCUAUCGCACGCAGUCGUCCGGCAGCGGCGCGAGCAUCACGCCGUCCGUCACCAUCACGCCGGCGCCGCCGCCCGCCGCCAGCGCCAAGGCGAGCUCGCGCAGCGGCGAGGAGUCGCAGACGCCGGCGCAGCGCCAGGCGGCCGCCAAGCUGGCCCUGCGCAAGCAGCUGGAGAAGACACUACUGCAGAUCCCGCCGCCCAAGCCGCCGCCGCCGGAGAUGAACUUCAUCCCCUCCCCCUCCAACACCGACUUCGUCUAUUUAGUCGGUCUGGAGCACGUGGUGGACUACCUGACUAACGAGGACCGCAUGCCCCGUUCAACAGUCCCGGCGGUGUGCGCGCAGUGCGGCUGCGACUUCACGCCCGUGUGGCGCUGGGAGCGCGCGCCGGCGCGCCGCCUCGACCCCACCUUCACCGCGCCGCCCGCCCCGCCGCAGGCGCGCCGCCUGUGCGAGCUGUGCGUCUCCGGCAACGUCAAGCGCGCGCUCAAGGCGGAGCACACGGCGCGGCUGAAGACGGCGUUCGUGCGCGCGCUGCAGCAGGAGCAGGAGAUCGAGCGGCGCCUGUCCGCCGCCUGCGCCUCGCCGCCCGCGCCGCCCGCGCCCGCGCCGCCGCCCGCGCACGCGCACCGCCCGCAGAUGUCGGUGACGCGCACGAGCGCGGGCGCGCGCGCCGCGGCCACGCCGCCCGCCGCGCCGCCCGCCAAGCCCGCGCCCGCGCCGCCCGCCAGCAGCCGCAGCUCGGCGCUGGCCUCGUCGCUGGAGCGGCACCACGAGCGGCGCGCGGACGGCGAGGCGCCCGCCAAGAAAGGUAAAGCAGGCUCGUCUUCGAGCAGCACAAGCCAGAGUAGCAGCAGCAAGCCGCAUCAGCAGUUCGCGGCGGCGGCGGCGGCGCAGAUGGCGUUCGAGCAGCACUCGGCGGCCGCCAUGCAGGCCCUCCAGCACCAGCUGUUGCGAGGUCUAAGCGGCGCGGGCGCCAGCGGCAGCAUGUCGCCGGCGGCGGCCGCGGCCGCCAUGAUGCAGUUCAGCCCGCUGCUCUACACGUACCAGCUCGCCAUGGCGCAGGCCUCGGCGCUGGGCAAGCGGUCGGGUAAAAACAGCGGCGGCAGCAGCAGCGCGGCCAUGGCGGAGAUGCAGCGCGUAGCGGAAGCUCAGCGCCAGUACCUGCUCGACAUGAUCCCCGGCCAGCAUGCCCGCAACCCCUGGACCAAGAACUAGCGAGGAUCGGAGGCUUCGGAUGAAAUAUUUAGGUAAAGACUAGUAAGAAAUUUACAUAGGUAAGCACCCAAGGAGUGGGCUUGUCGUAACAUAAGGAUCUUUUUAACGUUUUAAUUAUAAAUUAAUGAUACAUAAUAAAGCACAAGAUUUAAAAUACGUAAUUGUCUAGACGACCGGUAAGUUACAGUAAUAAAUGUAAUUAAUUUAAGACGAUCUUUUUGUAUGUCUGGUUUAAAUAAUAAAUAAUUUUAAGAUA